AUGUCGCUGCUUAACAUCCCGCCGCUCGUUGCCGAUAAGAUCUCGCCGUAUGCGAAGGAGCUGCUGCAGAAGGUCGAGGCGUUUAUCGAGGAAGAAUGUCAGCCGGCCGAGAAGAUCCUCGAUGCGCAGAUGCCCAGCGACCCGCGUCAACGGUUCCUGAACACAUACCCGAAGAUCAUCGACACGCUCAAGACGAAAGCGAAGGCUUGGGGACUAUGGAAUCUUUUCCUGUCGAACAUCCACUACCGCGAGGGUGUUGCUCUCUCGAAUCUCGAGUAUGCACUCAUGGCGGAGAUGCUGGGGCGCUGCCACAUCGCCUCCGAGGCGAUGAACUGCUCUGCACCUGAUACCGGGAACAUGGAGACGAUCGCGAAAUACGGAAAUGACGCGCAGAAGAAGCAGUGGUUGACGCCGCUGCUGAAUGGCGACAUCCGCUCGGCGUUCGUGAUGACCGAGCGCUUCGCCGCCUCGUCCGAUGCGAAGAACAUCAACCUCGAGAUCAGGCGCGACGGGAAUGAAUACAUCCUCAACGGCACGAAGUGGUGGUCGUCUGGGGCUGGGGACCCCAGAUGUAAACUAUACCUCGUCAUGGGGAAAUCCGACGCACAGAACGCAGACCCGUACAAACAACAGUCCGUCGUCCUCGUCCCCCACGAUACCCCCGGCGUCACCGUUGAGCGUGCGCUCAGCGUCUUCGGCUACGACGAUGCCCCACACGGCCACUGCGAAAUCAGCUUCAAGAACGUUCGCGUCCCGGUCUCCAACAUCCUGCUCGGCGAGGGCCGCGGAUUCGAGAUCAUCCAGGGACGUCUAGGCCCCGGCCGAAUCCACCACUGCAUGCGCUCCAUCGGUGUGGCGUCUGUCGCCCUCGACCUCAUGAUCCUCCGCAUCAGUGAUCCCUCGCGGAUGACGUUUGGAAAGGUCCUUUCGCAGCACGGCACAAUCCUGGACUGGGUUGCGAAGUCGCGCCUCGAGAUCGAUGCUGGCCGUCUGUUGGUGCUUAAUGCGGCCGACCAGAUCGACCGCACCGACGCAAAGGGCGCAAUGAAGGAUAUCUCCAUGGCGAAGAUCUAUGUGCCCUCAAUGGCCCUCGGUGUUAUCGAUAGAGCCAUUCAGGCCCAUGGUGCCGCCGGUGUCUGUCAGGACUUUCCCCUGGCGAGGAUGUGGGCACAUAUGAGGACCAUUAGGAUCGCGGAUGGACCUGAUGAGGUCCACCUUAACCAGCUGGGUAGGGUGGAGAUGAAGAGAGUUGCAGAGCUGUUAGUAUUCACUUAUCCCGCAAUUGUUUGGCUACAUGACUGA